AUGCAAGAUCUGGACGACGCAGAACCGGAGGAGAUUGCACCGUAUACUGUUAUUAAAGAUGCUGGGUCGUACGAGCUGAGGGUGUACGAGUCGGCCAAGUGGGCGUGCCACGACGAGAUGCGAAAGCGGCCCAAGAUGUACACCAGCUUCAUGAAGCUCUUCGGCUACAUCACAGGCGAGAACGAGAAGGGCCAAACCAUCAACAUGACCGCCCCCGUCACCAUGAUGGAGGAGCCCCUUGACGGCGACGCCAACAGGUACCAGAUGUGCUUCUACAUCCCGGCCGCCCAUCAGCUCGAGCCGCCCAAGCCCACUGACCCCAACGUCUACAUUGAGGUCCGCCCACGCCUUACCGGCAGCCAGGUGAGGGUGGCUCCUGUGGGAGAGCAGCAACACCAGCGGUACUGA